AUGGACCUAGGAAGAGACAGGACGGCUCUGCUCCUUCCUUCACACGGACUCCUCUGUCCCUACUACCACACACAUCAAACAGUCCCCACCGCAAACCCUCGCAGCCUUCCCCUCGCCUUCCCGGAGACCACCGGGAGCGCCUGUGGUGACCCCAAACACGGGACGCGGUCCCGGGGGCUGCGGGCUCAGCCACAGAACUGCCCCUCUCCUGCCCGCCUGGCCCGGGAAAGGCGGCGGGCUCCACGAGGGCAGCGGACGGACACGGGAGCCCCUUCCCCGGGCUCUGAGGGGGGACCCCGCCUCGGGGCCGUGCACUUCCCCCAGGCUGGAGGCGAGCCGCCGAGCCGAGGGCCGGGGACUCCGCGGCCGUUAGGCGGGAGCCGGCGCCGCCGCCUCAGCAGCCCCUGCGGCGGGGAACCCCCGCUGCACCUGCCCCGAGCCCCGCAUCCCGGCCGGGCAGGGCGGCCACGGCCCCCGCCUCGUUGCGGGGGGCCGGUGGGGCAGCUUCCCUCCCGUAGCCGGCCUCCACCUCCCACCUCCACACCCGCUCCUUACCCCGCGGGCGCCUGCCCCAGCGGCCGCCCGCUCAUCCAUCUUGCUCCUCUUCCCUCCGAGUUGACAAAGCCGGCAUGGCAAUGA